CUUCUUCUCUCACUUUACCCUAACGCCUUCAAACCCUCCAGUGCCCAAGAAUAUCACUCUUCUCCUCCUCCUCUCAGAGAACAAAAAAACCAGACUGCGCUACGUAACGGCUGCAAUCCCAACCGCUGGCAACCACUGUCAUCGUAGCUCUCCCAAGGUCAAUCGUCUCCCUCCUCCUCCGUCUACUUUCGCCACUGCUCCGAGAUCGGUUUCACUGAUCGGAGCAUUUUUCUGGUUUCUCUCGUCACCUGUCGACUACGGCCUUGUGGCGGCUGAGGUGCGCGCUUGUAUUUCUCUUCUUGCGAUUACAUCUCAAGUUUGUGUGUAUUCGUUUUCUGGCAGGUCGGAGAGGUUUUGAUUUUGUAGCGCCAUGUCGAAUUUUGCCAAGCCGGAGAACGCGCUUAAGCGCGCUGAAGAGCUGAUAGCUGUUGGACAGAAGCAAGAGGCUCUCCAGACGCUUCACAACCUGAUAACCUCGAAGAGGUACCGAGCAUGGCAGAAGACACUUGAGCGGAUCAUGUUUAAAUAUGUUGAGCUGUGCGUCGAGAUGAGAAGAGGGCGAUUUGCCAAGGAUGGGCUGAUACAGUAUCGCAUAGUGUGUCAACAAGUGAAUGUGAACUCGUUGGAGGAGGUAAUCAAGCACUUUAUGCAUCUCUCCACGGAGAAAGCUGAACAGGCUCGAACUCAAGCACAAGCACUGGAGGAAGCUCUCGAUGUUGAUGAUCUCGAAGCUGAUAAAAGAGGCUCAUACAUUUCAAAUUCCUUGUAACGAGAGUGAAAAUAGGAAUGGUGCAUUCGUCAUCACAAUUGUUUAUUUCUAUUUUUAAAAAAAUAUAAUGUUGAGAUUUCAACUCAAGUUAUUUUAGACAAAGACAAGAAUCAUAACCAAUUACUUGGAUUUUUUCUAAAAUAAAAGUAUAGCAAAAUUUUAGUUCAUUCCAUCAUUUUUGGAUGUUUUAGUAAAUCUAUAGGGACAUGACAACUAACUGAUCGAGUAAAAAUGACUUGGUUAUGCAUUUUGAUUCUCAAAUAAAUAAACAAUUUAAAU